UUAAGGCACACAUUGAAAAUGGAUUUUGCUGUAGUUCAGACACACAUUACUGGGGAAAUGAGCGCGAGGAGAGCGUCCGGAAGUGCCAAGGGCAGCGCGCGCAACAUCCAAGUAGGUGACGGGAAAAUACAGAACGUAAAACUCGUGUUGCUUGGCGACAUGAGCGUGGGGAAAUCAAGCAUCGCUCUGAGGUUCGUUCGAGGAGAAUAUACAGAAAACGCAUUAGCAACAAUUGGGGCGGCGUUUCUUACACAGAAGGUGAACGUGUCGGGACAGACGAUUCAGUUUGAUAUCUGGGACACUGCGGGACAGGAGCGUUACUACAGCCUCGCUCCAAUGUAUUACAGGGGCGCGCAGGCCGCCGUGGUCGUCUACGACAUAACAAAUAUGAAAACGUUCACGCGGGCGGUGAAGUGGAUUAAGGAGCUGAAACAGCAGGCGAACUCUCCGAUCGUGAUUGUCCUCGUCGGAAACAAGGCGGACAUGGCAGCCGAUAAACGAACCGUCUCGAAAGAAGAAGGUCAAUCGUUCGCUGAGGAGAACAACCUGAUAUUUACCGAAGCUUCAGCCAAGACCGGCAUGUGUGUGGGCGACCUGUUCAUGGCAAUAGCACAAACGUUAGCAAGUCACGGCUUUUCACGCGAACAGCAAGAUCAAAACGUAAAACUCGGAAAGGACUCUAAAAAGAAAGGCGGGGGUUGUUGUUAAAACUAUUUGUAGAUACCGAGUUUUACACUUACCGGUUAUUUCCGCUGCUGGUAGUUUCCGGCACACGCGUUUGGGGAGAGUGAAGAGCGAUAUUUCUUCUUCUUUUUUGAAAACGCCAGUUGGUGUAUGUGCAAUGUUAUAUUGUGACUGUGAUUAACAAUGUUUGCCUUUUUGUAAUGGAGAUUUGGUUAAUGUGACAUAUUGUUAAGGGAGUAUAAUAUGAUAAGGUCAGUUACUCUGCACUCGUGAAAUCAAAGAUACCGCUGGUAUUUUUUUGUCCAUCUUGAGUAUACGUUUUAUCUGUAAUAUAUUCAAUUUUCAUAAUAUUGAAUUGAUCCUUCUGUAUAUUAAUUAUGCAAAA